AUGCAGGGCGCAAAUCUCGACGAACUCACGAAUAUGCCUGACCAUUCGCGAGCACAGACGAACACGAGCUUCCCAGAGGAAGAUGUGGCCCCUCGGACUCCCGAAGAGUAUGCGAAAUGCGUUGCUGCUUUCGCGCUUCUGAGGGGCUUGUAUCACGGAGAGGACUACCAACAUCUUGGGGAUUUCAUGAUGCGACCUAUCGGUCCCAGGCUUCAUCGGCCCACAAGCGUCAAUGACGAAAACCCAGCUCUGCUGAGGCCACCGAUCAUCUAUCGAUGGUCGCCCAAUACCGAGCUACGCCGCAAGCACGUAAAAACCGUCGCAGAAGUCUCGCAAGAGGUUGAUGACUUGGUGGGAAAGCAUGGGUCGAUGCUGUUUCUGUCCGGUCUCCAGAAGCCAGACUGGAUCAAUGCAAUCGGAGCAGGACUUGACCUUGAUCCCAGGUUUUUCCAUGACCAUCUCCACAUCAAACCACCAAUAGGCGCAAGGACUCUCUUCUCGAUGCCUGCUCUGCCCUCCGCGAACGACAGUAUCGUGCGACUGCGAUACUUCACGAUUGGUGAGCACACUGCUCUUCCUAGCGGCACAAAAUUAUCCAGGCUCCGCUCAAUGGGCUCAAAGGCCAUGGAGCAGUAUCGGAGGGCUCUGAAUAGCGAGCACAACUCGAAGCAAGGGGACUCUAUUGUUCGCCUGCACUAUGUCCAUUCUCUGGAAUAUUUUUCGAUCAUGCAACAGAUGACGAUCGCUGUUCACAGCACCGGAAAUGGCUUCAAAGGGGUUGCAUGGAUCGACAGUGGCCACGAUCUCGAUCAAGGUCCGGAUGGACCGUGGAGUAACUCCGCCCAUAGUUGGAGACCACGCUUCCUACCCACUGCAUUGCACGCUCCUCGAAUCGCACUGGAAUGGCAACAUUGUGCGACUCUGCCACAAUCUACCGGGCUAUUGAUGCAGACUGCAUCGCACCUUUGUGAGAACUAUGGACGCUCGUUAGAUGACGAGAUUUUGUGUCAGGAUGCGUUUUACGCCAUCUCAGACUUGCUCCAAUAUGCCGCCGCAUCAAUCUGUCAAUACUUAAACUUGCUGGAUUACACAGUUCGCAAUGCAACCAUACAUGCUACAUCCAAGGCUGGUAAUUUCGACGUCUCGGACUUGGCAUACCACCGGCAAUCGCUCGACGAUGUUAUAUCUGUGCUCAAGGAGAAUCUUCGCGCUGUUCAAGCGCGAGGCCACCCUGCUUGGCCUCAAGCUGCAGUAGGAGAACGUCUAAAUGAAGCGGACAGAAUCGCAGCAUCUCUACUUGUCGACUACCAGGAACUGCUUUCUCGUGCUCAGACUCUUGCCGAGCGAUGCAGUAGCGACAUGCGAAAUAUCAUGCACCAAGCAGCGAUUGCGGAAUCGCAGCGUUCAUUCGUACAGGCCGAGAAAGUGGGACAGUUGACGUGGCUUGCUUUUCUGUUUGUCCCUCUAACUUUCACCACAUCGUUCCUGGGUAUGAAUCUCGAGGUAUUCGGUCAAGGGACGAUUCCGUUCUGGGUAUGGUUCACCAUCACGCCACCUUUGGUAAUGUUUGCCUUCUUCAUGCCGCGACUGGCCCGUCAGGAUUGGAAAGGUAACAAAACUGCGCGACCGGCUGCCAAGCCUGAUCCCCAUCCAGGGAGCCAGGAGGCACAGCAGAUGCGACAUUCGGUAUGA